AUGAAGUUCUCUGCUGCCGCUAUUUCCAUUUUUGUUGCCUACACUUUGGCUGCUCCUGUUGCUGAAGCUGAGGCCAAUGCCGUUGCUGAGCCAGGUGGAAGUUGGGCUAAGUAUGGGAAAUCUGGCUGUGUCACUUGCAGAAAGGUUUUCCCCACUGUUGUGACUAGUAGCACUAUUGGUGGCAUUACUGGUGGUACUAUUGGUGGUAUUACUGGAGGAAUCACUGGAGGCACUUCUUCUGGAGCUACUGGAACAGGAACUGGCACCACUACUGGCGGAACUGGUACUACAACUGGCAGAACGGGUACUACCACUGGCGAUUCUGGCUCUACUGGUGGAACUGGUACUACUGGCGGUUCCACUGGCGGUUCUACCAACAAUGAAAGUAACACAACCACAAACACCACCAACAAUGUCAAUAACACCACCAAUAACGCUUCCAACACUGCCACUAACACUAACCACAAUACCAAUGGCAACACUAACGGUAACACCAACAAUAACAACAAUGCCAGUACUAACACAAACGAGAAUACCAGCAGCAAUACCAACGGUAACCAAAACAUAAACUAUCAGGUGUCUUUUGCUGGUAACUUCAAUGUUGUCACUGUUUACAUUCUUCCCAGUGGUCUUCUCUCACUCUCAUCUUCUUCCGGUGGUGUUCCCUUCAGUUUCAUUAUUUCCAGUGGCUCUCUUCUUACUGCUGCUCCUGGUUUCAGCUCUUACACUGUUAUCAUCAACUCUGAGGGUGCUCUCCAAGUUGUACCGAGUGGCACCUCAUCCACCACUUCUUGGACUUCCGAUGGUGGAUACAUUACCCCUGGAUCCGGAACCAUUGUUGCAUGCCCCGACGGCAGUGGCAGUUACACUCUUUUCUGCAACUCAUCUUGUGCUGACGGUAAGGUUGUUGCUUUCACUUCUGACGGUACUGUUGGUGUCAAGAAAUAA